AUGCGAACAUUGGAAUGGGAUAAUAUGGGAGUUAAAGUCGGUGGUCGGCAGUUACACCAUCUUCGCUUUGCUGAAAACAUCGUCUUUAUAACACCAAACAUUAGCCAAGCGGAACGUAUGCUUGCCGACUUAGCUAAAGUCUGUGGAGAUAUUGGUCUUCGACUCAAUCUCACAAAAGCGAUGUUCAUAAGAAACAGAUUGGUUUCGUAUGCCCCAUUCACGUUCAACGAAACGAAUAUCUCCGAAUGCUCCAGUUAUGUCUGUUUAGGUCGGGAAAUCAGUGUGAUGUACGACUUGGCUCCAGAGCUGAGCAGAAGGAAACGAACGGCUUGA